GGGGGGGGGGAGAGGGAGAGAGGGGGAGGGGGGGGACAACAUGGAUGAGCAGCCCGGCGGAGGAGGAGGGGUCGGAGCGGGCGCUCACAGACAACCUCCCCCGCAGCAGCAGCUCCAGUCGGGAAGCAACAGCAGCGCGAAUCCGAUCGGAGGCGGCGGCGGAGUCAUGGUGCCGCACCAGCCAGACGAGCUUCCCCGGCCGCAGCAGCAGUACACCAUCCCCGGCAUCCUGCACUACAUCCAGCACGAGUGGGCCCGGUUCGAGAUGGAGAGGGCGCACUGGGAGGUGGAGAGGGCCGAGCUCCAGGCCAGGAUAGCAUUCCUGCAGGGAGAGAGGAAAGGUCAAGAGAACCUGAAGAACGACCUGGUCCGAAGAAUAAAGAUGUUGGAAUACGCUCUGAAGCAGGAACGAGCAAAAUAUCACAAGUUAAAAUAUGGAACAGAAUUAAACCAAGGAGAGAUGAAGAUGCCCAGCUUCGAAUCAGACACCAAAGACUCAGAGGUCUCAGCUGUUCCUGCCAACAGUCAGCUGACCUGGAAACAAGGACGGCAGCUGCUCAGACAGUACCUACAGGAAGUGGGCUACACAGACACCAUCCUGGACGUCCGUACCCAGAGGGUUCGCUCUCUGCUCGGCCUGUCGGGCUCUGAGCAGAACGGAUCUGUGGAGAACAAGAACCUGCAGCACCUGAUCAACGGGACGGAGCGCCGCCGGGACAGCAAGAGGAGUCCAGGCGACGUUCUGGAGACGUUCAACUUCCUGGAGAACGCAGAGGACAGCGACGAAGACGAGGAGGACGAGGAGGGAGACCUGAUGGACGACAUCAGCGCCGGCAAACACCACCGAGCCAAGAAACACAAGACCAAGGUCGGGAACGAGGGCCUAGCGUCGGAGGACGACGCCGACACUGAGGAGGCGCUGAAGGAGUUUGACUUCCUCGUGACGGCCGAGGACGGAGAGGGAGCCGGCGAAGCUCGGAGCUCCGGGGACGGGACGGAGUGGGCGGAACCUCUACCGUUUCCUGCUGGCGGGGGGAAGUCCUUCCUUUUGGGGGGGUCAGAUGACGUGUUGGAGAGCGUGCUGGGUCUGGGUGACCUUGCCGACCUCACCGUCACAAAUGACGAGACAGACUUCAGCUACGACCUGCCGACCAAUAAGGAGUCUUCGUUCAGGAAGACGUGGAACCCCAAGUACACGCUGCGGAGCCACUUCGAUGGCGUGCGGGCGCUGGCCUUCCACCCCGUGGAGCCCUGCCUGGUCACCGUGUCCGAGGACCAGACCCUCAAACUGUGGAACCUCACCAAGACCGUCCCCGCCAAAAAAAGUGCCUCGUUCGAUGUGGAACCCGUCUACACAUUCCGAGCCCACGUUGGUCCAGUGUUGUCGUUGGCGAUGACGCCCAGUGGAGAACAGUGUUUCAGUGGAGGCAUCGACUCAACCAUCCAGUGGUGGAACAUCCCCAGUUCGAAUGUGGACCCCUAUGACACCUACGAUCCCAGUGUCCUUGCCGGGUCAUGGGCGGGGCAUACAGAUGCUGUGUGGGGAUUGGCCUACAGCGGUAUCAAGAACCGCCUCCUGUCCUGCUCGGCAGACGGAACGGUGAAGCUGUGGAACCCGGCGGAGAAGAACCCCUGCGUCGCCACGUUCAACACCGACCAGGAACACGGGAUCCCAACAUCAGUGGACUUUAACGGUUGUGACCCCGCCCACAUGGUGGCGUCCUUUAACAGUGGAGACGUGGUGGUGUACGACCUGGAGACCUCCCAGAACGCAGUGGUGCUGAAGGGUCAGGGAGACAGCGACGUCCCAGGGUGGAAUCAUAUCAACAAGGUGGUGAGUCAUCCCACGCUGCCCGUCACCAUCACCGCUCAUGAAGACAGGCAGAUCAAGUUCUAUGACAACAAGUCAGGUAAAGUGAUUCACGCCAUGGUGGCUCACCUGGACGCUGUGACCAGUCUGGCAGUGGAUCCUAAUGGGAUCUACCUGAUGUCUGGCAGUCACGACUGCUCUCUGCGUCUGUGGAACCUGGACAGUAAGACGUGCGUCCAGGAGAUCACUGCUCACCGCAAGAAGAGCGAGGAGGCGAUCUACGACGUGGCCUUCCACCCCUCCAAGGCCUUUAUCGCCUCCGCUGGGGCUGACGCCCUCGCCAGGGUCUACGUGUAGACGACCACGGGGCGGGGAGCGACUCAGACAGAAAUAGAGAGAGAGAGAGAGAGAGAGCGAGGCUGGUCACAUGAUCACACGCACACACACACACACACACACACACAGAGCUGCCCUCUCCCUCUGACUGACUGAAGAGGGACACCCCCACCCCCCUAACCCCCCCAAUACGGCUCUGAUGAGACAACAUGAAGCCCCGCCCCCUCCUCAGACAGGAGCAGACGAUCCUUCAGAUCUCGUCUCUGUCUCGAUGUGGUUUUAUUUUAUCGUUUUGUCAAACGACGUCGUCGCCUCACGGCCCGGUUCACAGAAUCCACCUGUGGCGUCCAUCUUGACCAUGAGACGCUGGACUCAGAUCAGCUGCUCCGCACAAACCGCAGACCUAAACGGUCUAUCAGCAAAUCACUGAUCAGCUGCAGUGUCGUGGCAGUCUGUGGAAACGUCUCGCAGUCGGACCAGUGACGAAGGUUCCUGUUGUUUGAUCUCCACGCCAUCACGCUGCACCUCGGGGGGGGGGGGGGGCGUGUCAGUGAACUGUGAUCACGUCGCAGGCUGAUUCAACCAGGGAGUAAACAGUAGGUUUUUAAACACUGACGCCGGGAACAGAUCAUGUGAUGACCGGACGCCGCUGCGGUCGCCAUGGUUUCUGAACCAAAGCUCCUGAGGUCAACAGCUGCUCUCAUAUUUUGUCCUGCCCACCUUUUUACAGUGUUUUUAAAAGAGAGAAACUGAGAAACUUUAAAUAAUCGCGUCGCAUCAGGCGUCAGAUUGUCUGUCUGACCGAGGUAAGAUCUGAUUGGACCAUAGGGGAGCAGCCAAUCGGAGCCCUGCGUUUCAACCCCUCUGACAUAUGGAGCGGAGGAUUCAGUCGUCGAGCGUUUUUUGUUUUUGUGUGAAAUGAAUCUAGUUUUUAUAAUCCCUGUUUUUUAUCAACGUCUCGUUCACGACACUGAGGAGGAUUCGACUUCCUCUUUCCCGUCCUGCCAACAACCCCUGUCCCCCUGCCCAUGAACCACUUCCUGUCGCCUGGGAGAAAUUAACCGAGAGAGGAGGAAGUGACUGUUCAGACGAGACGCUGCAGGAGACGCUCACGUCGCUGAGUCUCCAUGAAUUUAUUCCUUUUUAUCAGACAAUGGAAAGAAACAAAAAAAUCAGUAAUUUGUUUCUUCACCGUCUCCACUGACAUUAACCAGACUUUUAUUCUGAAAAUCUGAUUCAUACUACGUUUUAUUCUGAAAGACUUUGUGAACAUGGUUGUUUUGUUUUUUGUUUUUUUUGGCCGUUGUCAGUAUUUUUAGAUUUAUGAAGAUAAAAAAACUGAAAAUCUUCUCGGUAAAAACAUUCUUGACUCUGUUUUGUCGAUAACAUGAAAGUGGUUUGAUCCGGUUUUCAGAUUUCUGUUCUGGGACUUAAAUCUACUACUUCUAAAUCGAUACAUAUUUUUUUAAAUAACACCUAAUUUGCAUAUUUAAACAAUCAAACGUCAGAAAAGCUUUAAUAUAAAACGUGAUUGUCUUGAUGUGGGUGAUGAACUGGAGACAUUCCAUGACCACGACCUGUGGCGUCUCGCCGCCGUGACCACCUUUGAUUCGUUUGUCGUCUGAGCAGGAAGUUAAACGGUUUCCUGACGUCAGUUUCGUGUCGUCUGCAACGAUAGAAUGAAACAGUGUAGAACCACGACCUGGUGAUGUCAUCACACGGGGCCACAGAGGUCCCAUAACUCAGACCAGCUUCAUCAAUCACAGAGAAGAAGACCACGUUUUAUUUGUUUGCUCCGACUGAAAAGUUGUAUCAGGUCGUUUUAUUUUGGCGAGGCAACGACGGAUUUCAUAACUUUUUUUUUACAUAAAGAAAAUAUGAUUAAAAUAAAAAAGGACCAUUGACAAAUAAAAGUUAUGGAGAGAAUUUUGAUCGUGUCGAACUAAAACAUUACAACUUCUCCUCUUCCUCGCUUCAUAUCACUGUGUGAUGUUCCUUCACGGUUUUCCAGUUAUUUAUGUCUUGACAGUUUUCCGUGUCGGUGACGUGUGAAACGUUCACAAUGUUUUAUUUUUCAUAUUUCAUGUUUCGUCCGUCACAACGUUCUCUUCUCUCCCGCCACAUCUACAUCUGACUGUAACUAAACACUCUGUUCUGUUUGUGUAAUGCAUGAUUAAUACAGUUUUAAAAAAAGUAUAUUUUCUAGUCUUUCAAAAAAUGGAUAAAAAAAAGUUCUGAUCAGAUUGCGAGUUUUGAUGAGUUUUGUAAGUUUUUGUUUUUUUUGAUUUACAAACUAUGAAACAGCAGAUUUUAAAGAUUGUACCACAUAGAAUACAACUGUUGAAAAUGUAUAUAAAAUGUCUAUAAUAACUAUUAAAUGGUGAAGCUGUACAGAC